GAUGGAUUCACAGAUUAAGCAUGCUGUGGUGGUGAAAGUUAUGGGUAGGACUGGAUCAAGAGGGCAAGUGACUCAAGUUAGGGUUAAAUUUCUUGAUGAUCAGAAUCGAUUUAUUAUGAGGAAUGUGAAAGGACCUGUUAGAGAAGGUGAUGUGCUUACCCUUCUUGAGUCUGAGAGGGAAGCUAGGAGGCUCCGUUGAAAGGUUUUCGCAUUUAAUGGCAUCAUCUUGUUCUUGUUCUUGUUUAUGGAUGAUAGCACAAGACUGUCCUUUUUGUUAUGUUUAGUUAUUAGUUUUUGUUCUUUUAUUUGAUUCUUACCGAGACUUGAGUUUUCAUUUAUGGGUUGUAUUGCAAUGUCACGGAUGCAAAUGUUUGAAGUACACUAAGAUUUGCUAAUUAUAUCUUUACUGGAUGUGAAAGCUUUUGGUGUC